AUGGCCGGCCGAAGGACUCGUGGCUGAGCCCAUGUGCUCCUCAUGGUCCUGCGGCUUGGGAUUGGGCUGAAGCCAGAGACUGGCCCCGGCUCCGCCUUUCUCCUCUUUUUAAAGCCUGCCGAAAGGAGCCGCUGUCAGAUGUGGGCUCUGUGCUGCUCCUGUGCUUCCUCUUUUACUGUCUGAAAAAGUAUAAAGUGCUCCAUGUCUUGGCGAGAGCUCCUUCCUCCCUGGCUGGUGAUCGUGGCAGGACUGACAGGCAUCGUGCUGCUCUGCGUCUCCACCAAAGAUGUGCCCGUUGCCCCGCUCAGGACCAAGUAUGGCAUUGUUCUGGAUGCUGGCCCAUCCCGCUCCAUCCUGUUCAUCUAUCAGUGGACCACCACCAAGGCAAACAAGACCGGGGUGAUCAAAGAAUGUAGUUCCUGCACGGUGCAAGGUCCAGAAAUCCCGAACUACUCAGAUUCUCCUCAGAAAGUAGGAAAGAGCUUGGAUACAUGUUUGAACUGGGCCCAGAGCAAGAUCCCGGCAGAGCAGCACAGCCAGACUCCCCUGUACCUGGGAGCAACCACCAGCAUAAGGCAGCUGAACCUCAGCCAUCCCACCCUCUCUGACGAUCUCCUUGCAGCCCUGACUGUGGCCCUGAAGUCAUCCCCCUUUGACUUUCAGAGGGUACAAAUCUUGUCCAGCCCAGAUGAGGAAGCAUUCAACUGGGUUGCUGUUAACUACAUUCUGGAGAACUUCUUCAAGUACGACUGGCAAGGACAAAUGGUCCCAUCUGGAAAUGGGAUGACAGGAGUCCUGUCCAUAGGAGGAGCCUCAACACAGCUCACUUUCAAGGUAGAAGGGAACCAGGAGGGAGUGAGGCUGCAGCUGUAUGGGCAGACACACACAGUGAACACCCACCACUGUCCCUGCCACGGCACAGACCAACUCCGCAGCAGGCUGCUCUCCAUGCUCAUACAAGAACAAGGAAGUGCUACAACUGUGCCUAACCCCUGCUGGCCCCUCAGCUACUCCCAAGAAGUGCAGUGGAGCUCGGUGCACACAGGGCCUUGUACUGUCAGUGAUGACACACUGGAUAUCCCCAACUCUGACCAGGUUUUCAACAUCUCCGGCACCAGCAACCCCUCUGCCUGCAUGAGACUCGUGCAAAGACUGCUCAACUCCUCCUCUUCCUGCAGCUUCCUCAAUAAUUUCCCCAAAAGUGCUGCCAAGCCCCUCCAAACCAGGUUUCUGGUGAUUUCUGAGGCCAUGGACUUCCUGAGGAAAACCACAUCCUCUCCUGACUUGGGUCAGGCAGUCAGCAAGCUUUGUGAGAUGUCUAUCAAAGAGCUAGUCAAGGAGACCCAGACAAGCCUGGAUGCACUUGCUGAUUACUGCAUUGUAUCUGCCUUCAUCUUUCAUCUCAGUACAAAGGGAUAUGUUUUUGACUUCAAUCAGUCUGUUGAGGCUGCAUUCCAGACUGGUGACACAUCAUCUGUCUGGACUCUCGGAUACCUGCUGAAUCUGACCAACAGCAUCCCCCAGGACAGCCCAAGCUUCCUCAAGGGCAUUGACCCAGGUGUCUGGUCUUUGCUGCUCAUCCUCUUUGUGGUGCUGCUCACUGGCUCGUUCAUGCGCAUCUCAUACCGAGUGAUGGUCAAGGAGAACAGCUUCAGUAACAGGAACAGCAGCGUUUUUGAUGACAACUGACUUAUUCCAGGACUAGAUUCUUGUGCCAGAGGGCAGCCAACAGAGUGUACACAGAAAUCACACAGCUGAAAAUCCCUGGAGGAUACAGGUGGUUUUCCUGCAGGACUCGAGAGUCUCAGUACCUUGUUUCAGCUUGCAACCAUUUGCACUACUGUACACUGAAAAAACAGAUUCUCCAUGCAGGAAGCCUGAGGUUCACAGUGGAUGACAAGCUACACGUUCUCCAAAUGAGACCAGCUUGCACAGAUCUUGCUUGGGCUGCAACUGCAAUUACUUGUGUCAAGCUAAUGAAAACAUUCCCUUGAGGAGGAGGCGGGCCAGGAGCACUAUUAUAAAGUUAAUAUUGAAUAAUCCUGUCUAAUUAGGAAAAGUUAUAUUUAAAAAGGCAUUCUGUCCUCUUCUUUGCCCACAAGAGGGAAGAUGCCUGCUACAUACCACUAAUGGAGACUGGAAAAGCUCUAAAAUACAAUCAGAAUACAGCUGCCAACUUGCAUGUACUCUCCAAGGAAGAAGACUUGUAUUUUCUCCCUGCCACCACUCACCUGUCCUUCCAUCUCAGUGGCAGUAUCCAUGUAUCCCACCCAGUGAACGCUCCUGCUAACUGAAUCCUUCAAAAGCAGCAGGUUUUGGUCUUGCUCUGUACAAAACAUACAGAACAUCAAAGGAGAAACCAAGGGCACAGAUACACAGCUGAGUUCCUGUCUCUCAGCUGAGUCACGGUAACUCAGGGUUAAAACUGUCAAUUCAAACACUUUAACCAGGAUUUAUAUUAAGAUGCUUUAUCUCACACUUAAAAUUGGGUGCACGAUGGCAGCUCACUCAUGUGCACUGAACUGCUUGUCUCCCUGCCCCUGGAAUGUGAUAUCUAACACUGUCCUUCAGGCAAGAACAGACUGAGUAACAGCAGCUUUCCCAGUUGUCAGCCCCACGACUUUCAUGUUAGACUGUGACCAAAUCGACUCUGCAGCCCAACAUUCAGGAUUCCUCUGGGACUGGCAGCCGUUCCAGCUCUGGUCCGCUCUGUUCUUCUAACAGGAGCUGCUGUACAAUUCUCCACGUUAUUGUGAAGAAAAUGGAUGGAUUCAGACAAAUGCUGACCUUUGACUAAAGCACUUAGAGUUCACCUCUCAGAAUGCUUCAGAGACUUAAACACACAAGCUGUUUAAAGCCCAAGGCACAAGUGACUUCAACUCACUGCAGACCACUUUAAACAGAAAUUUAAAUGCUCACAGAUGCAAUGAUUUGCCUUGCAGGAUAUUUAAAGCUACCAUGGCACUCAAAUCCUUUCAAACCUGGUUAUUAAUCCCUUGUGUUCCUAAUUCACAUAUAGGACAACCCACCCCUCCCACCCCCACCUACUAAUACUGGUGUGUUCAUGAAUUUUCAGGCCAACUAAUGAAGGUCUGGAACCUGUCAGUCAAGUUUGGAGGGGUGUGGAAACAGACUGAAACAAGCUUCAUAUUCAUUUCUUUGAGUUGCAGGUUAGAUAUUUUUAAUUAUA